AUGAAAACUAUUUCCAUUGUGGCUGUUACCAAUAUGGUACAGAAUUUUGAAGACACUGUUUUUCAUAUGACUAGCAGAUGCUCAAUGAAUUCUGCUACAGAGAUGCCAAUUUUAUGAAUUGUCACAAAUUAAUUAACGUAAAACACCACCUACACAUUUCAGGAAACAGUGCAAAUAUGGAUAAUCAAUUAGGAAAUAUCAUGUUGGAAAAUAGCACUGCCAUUCGACGUGUGAAGGAUGCAAUUCCUGUCAAUGGUGCUCAACAAAAUGUAGAAGAAAAAAAAUCAUCUGUAUCAUUUUCAGAAAACUUGGAUAAUUUGGAUAUAGAUUCAGAACAUUUAACAUUGUGGCAGCAUCCAAUUACUACAUUGAAUUAUUUUUUUCGAGAACUUUUUAAUAAUAUAUUUAGCUUAGGGGAAAAGGCAUUACAUUACAAAAAGACAGUAUGGAGUAUACUAUCAAUAAUUGUAUUAUUUCUGAUAUUGAGCAGAAUUUCUGGUCCUCAUCAACAGAUAUUAAAAGCAUGGGAAACAAAAAUAAUUUGGUGGUUAUAUUGGAUAGGUUUAGGUGUCCUUUCUAGUGUAGGGCUUGGUACAGGCUUACACACUUUUGUACUUUAUCUAGGACCACAUAUAGCAGCUGUCACUAUGGCUGCAUAUGAAUGUGGUGCUCUUAAUUUUCCUGAACCACCAUAUCCUGAUCAAAUAAUAUGUCCAGUUACAAUUGAUCCAUUGUGGACUGCAGGAAUAUUAAAUAUCAUGAGAAAAGUACGCAUAGAAGCUAUGCUUUGGGGUGCUGGUACUGCACUUGGUGAAUUACCGCCAUAUUUUAUGGCUAGAGCUGCUAGGACUAGCAGACAAAAUAGUAGAAAUGAAGAAUUUGACCAAGAAGAUUUAAAAGAAUUAGAAGCUUUAGAAGCUUUAGAAAAUGGAGAAAAUAUAUCAUUAUUAAUUCGUAUGAAAUUAAUUAUGAAACAUUUUGUACAAAAAGCUGGAUUUUGGGGAAUUCUUGCUUGUGCUUCGGUAAUGCCUAUACGCGAGUCGCCACUGUCCGAGACAAUGCAACUACUAACGAGUCUAUUGAAACUGUCAAGAUGUUAUCAGAUAGAAGUUACUCGCACGUACGAUAAAAACUCGUGGCACGAAGACCUUCGACGAUUUUACUUCGAACCAGGUACCGAGGCAAAGCACACGACGUUUUUGUUCACUGACACUCAGAUAGUGCUGGAGGAAUUUCUAGAAGACGUCAACAACACACUUAACACAGGGGAGGUACCAAAUUUGUACGAAGCGGAUGAACUUGAGAAAGUUAUCAUAGCUACUAGGCCCGCUGCGAAACUAGCAGGGAUUCACGAAGAAAAUAGAGACGGAAUUUACCAAUAUUUCAUCGGAAGGGUCAGAGACCAUCUUCACUUGAUGAUUUGCAUGAGCCCUAUAGGUGACACAUUUAGACAUCGUUGCCGUAUGUUUCCUUCGUUGGUAAACUGUUGCACCAUUGAUUGGUUCACAAAGUGGCCAAACGAUGCCCUUUUAUCAGUGGCGGAAAGUUCAUUGAUUGAAAUUGCUCCGAAGGAUUCGACGCAGCUUGCCAGCCUUAGUAAUAUUUGCGUGUUGAUCCAUGCGAGCGUUGAAGAGGUGACAACCCGAUUCUUCAUAGAGAUGCGACGAAGAUAUUACACCACACCGAGCAGUUAUUUGGAGCUUUUAAAGCUGUUUCAAACAACUCUAGGGAAAAAGAAGAAAGAGAUAGAGUUGUUGAAAAGUAAAAUUGCCAACGGGCUUAACAAACUACGUGAAACUAACGAGAUGGUCGGCGUGAUGAAGGAACAGUUGACAAUUCUCGCGCCUAAACUCAAAGCAAGCACCGACGAGGUAUUGAAGCUAGUGAAAAUUCUUGCCAAGCAACAAGUCGAGUGUGACAAAGUGAAGUAUAUUGUAACAGCCGAGGAAGCGACAGCAAAAGCGAAAGCUGAGGAAAUGGCGACUUUAGAAGCUGACGCCAGACAAGACUUGGAGGCAGUGAUACCAGCUUUAUUGGAAGCUCAGAAAGCAUUGGAAGCUUUAAAUAAAGCCGACAUCAACGAGAUUCGUGUGUUUCACAAACCACCUCAUUUAGUGCGUUUCGUCAUGGAAGCGGUGAAUUUGCUGCUGGGCGAAAAGACAGACUGGGCGACUGCCAAGCUAGUCUUGGGCGACAUACAUUUCCUUAAUCGUUUGAUCACUUAUCCCAAAGACGACAUAAGCGACAAACUUUUAGAAAAGCUGCAGGAAUACGUCCAACAUCCAGAGUUUCGGCCAGAUUUAGUAGCCAAGCAAAGUAAAGCUUGUAAAUCGAUGUGCAUCUGGGUAAAAGCAAUGGACGAAUACGCUAAAAUCUAUCGAGUGGUCGAGCCAAAGCGACAAAAAUUGUACAAGGCUGAGAAAGAGUUACGAGCGAUAGAGAAAGUCCUUGCUCUGAAGCAGCAAGAACUCGUCGCGGUGGAAAAUAAAAUCAAGGAACUGCAACAAGAAUACGACGCAGCGGUGAAGAACCUGAACAAAUUAGAAGCCGAGAUGCAAUUGGCAGAAACGAGAUUGAACAGAUCUGGACGAUUGACGUCCGCGUUGGUGGACGAGCGAGUUCGAUGGGAAGAAUCAAUGCGCGGCUUUGACAAGCAAAUUGUCAACUUGACUGGUGACACGUUGAUAGCCGCCGGAGCCCUUGCUUAUCUGGGUGCUUUCACAAAUGAGUACAGAGAAGAAUUAAUACAAACUUGGUUGUCUAGCUGCAAAGGCCACGGCAUCAAAACUACAGAGAACUAUAGUCUCGUCACGAUAUUGGUCGAUCCUUAUACAAUUCGUCUUUGGAAUACGCACGGCUUGCCGCGAGAUAAAGUCAGCACGGAGAAUGCAAUCUUUGUGACACAAGCCAGCCGUUGGCCUUUGAUGAUCGAUCCUCAGGAGCAAGCGAACAGAUGGAUACGUAACAUGGAACAAGACAACAAUCUAAAAGUGUGCAAACUGACGGAUGCAAAUUUAAUGAGGAUAUUGGAGGCGGCCAUAAGACUUGGGACACCUGUGCUAAUUCAAGAGGUGGGAGAAGUGUUGGAUCCAAGUUUGGAGCCUAUCUUGCUCAAACAAAUUUUUGUCCUGGCAAGUAUAAUACUUCGUAGAAGUUUGGUGGCAGAACAUUAAUACGAUUUGCCGACACAGACGUUGAGUACGAUGGUAAUUUUAAAUUAUACAUCACGACGAAGAUCUCGAAUCCACAUUAUUUGCCAGAAAUCUGUAUUAAAGUGACGAUAGUUAACUUCACCGUGACCAUGGGAGGCCUCGAGGAACAAUUGCUCGCAGAUGUCGUGCGUCUCGAGAGGCCAGACUUGGAAACAAUGAGGAACGAUUUAAUAAUAAAAAUCAACAUGGACAAGGGCCAAUUGCAAAGUAUCGAAGAGAGGAUACUGACAUUGUUGUACGGCGCGGGCGACGAUAUUCUAGACAACGAGGAACUGAUAGAAACGUUGAACGACAGCAAAGAGACUUCUGCGAUCAUUGCGACGAGAUUAAUCGAAAGCGAGGCAACCGAACGCAAGAUAUCAAUUGCACGCGAGAAAUAUCAAUCUGUUGCGGAUCGUGGAUCAGUUUUGUAUUUCGUGGUUGCGGACCUUGCUCACAUAGAUCCCAUGUACCAAUUUUCAUUAAAGUACUUCAGCCAGAUAUUUGACACGGUAAUUGAAACCACCGAGAAAGAAGAGAACUUGCAACAACGUUUGCAAACGUUAUUAAGCGAGAUAACAUUGGCCAUCUACACAAACGUUUCACGAGGUCUGUUUGAAAAACACAAGUUGGUAUUUAGCGCCAUGCUCAAUAUCGCGAUACAUAUACACGGAGACAUCGUGUCGCAGGCACAGUGGAAUUUUAUGCUGCGAGGUCCUGCGCGAAUUGUCGUGGAGGAUGUACCAAAUUAUCCAACUCUGACCCCUAAAAUGUGGACCUCGAUCAAUUAUUUGGCUAACACGUUCAAAAAAUUUGAGAAUGUCUUAGACGAUGCGUUCAAAAGGAUCCCGUUAACUCUUGGAUAUUUUACAGAAGAAAUUAAUAUAAUUCCUACCAAUACAGACGUCGCUAGCCAAGAUUGGGAUAAGAUGUUAACUGACAUUGAAAAAUUAAUGUUGCUGAAAGCACUGAAAGAGGAGAAAUUAAUUUUUGCAAUCACAGCCUACGUAUCGAACAACUUAGGGCCAAAAUUCGUAGAAUCACCUAUGGCGACGUUGCAACUUUUGUAUGCAGAUACAUCAAAUAAAAUACCAUUGAUAUUCAUACUUACAACUGGAUCGGAUCCUUUCAGUGCUUUUCAGAAAUUUGCACACGAUAUGGGUUUUUCCAAUAGAUACGACUCCAUUUCUUUAGGCCAAGGCCAAGGUCCCAUUGCAGAAGGGCAUUUACGCACAGGUACUAUCGAAGGUAGAUGGGUGUUCUUGCAGAAUUGUCAUCUGGCUGUGUCGUGGAUGAUCAUCCUGGAGCAGCUUGUAACAGAAAUUGCCGAGGAACCAGAGGGAAUCAUUCACAGUGAUUUCCGAUUAUUUCUGAGCUCGAUGCCUAGCGCCGCUUUUCCAGUUUCCGUUCUUCAAAAUUCUGUAAAAGUCACAAACGAACCACCGAAAGGGCUAAAAGCCAACAUCAAGAGGGCAUUGCACGAUUUGGACGAGGAAUAUUUUGAACAUCACCACUUGGGCGAAAGUUGGCGCCGACUUAUAUUCGGAAUUUGCUUUUUCCAUGCGAUUAUUCAGGAACGAAAGAAGUUCGGACCUUUAGGAUGGAAUAUUCUAUAUGAAUUUAACGACAGCGACAGGGAAUGCUGUUUGCUAAAUUUGAAAUUAUUUUGUAUGCAUGAUCAUAUACCUUGGAACGCGUUAAUAUAUACCACAGGUGAAAUUACUUACGGAGGUAGAGUUACAGAUAACUGGGACUUGAGGUGUAUGAAAACAAUCUUAACUAUUUUCUUCUCUCCUAAAUCUUUGAACAUUGACUAUGUUUAUUCGCCAUCUGGAAAAUACUACUGUCCUAUUUACAAUACUCUACAAGAGUAUCAAGAUUUUAUGGAGACUUUUUCUAUAAUUGAUGAUCCAGAAAUUUUUGGAAUGCAUGAAAAUGCAAAUAUUGUUUAUCAGUUAAAAGAAGCACAAUUCGUAUUAAAUACUAUUUUGGAAAUACAACCACAAGAAUCUGUCACUGAUCAAGAUAAAUCCAGUUCAGAUAUAGCAUAUGAAAUUGCUGAUAUGAUAAAGGGUAGAAUUCAAUUUAAGAUUGAUAUUGCAAAAUGUAACCCAGAGCACUUGAAAAGAGAUUCAAUAGGAAGACUUCCAUCUUUAAGUACUGUCCUCGUUCACGAAGUUGACAGAUAUAACAUACUUCUAAAGAAGAUACAUACAUCAAUAGAAAAUUUACAGCGCGCCAUCAAAGGUUUUGUUGUUAUGUCUGAGGAAUUAGAAAACAUUUUUAUGGCAUUUGUCAAUAGCCAGGUACCAGAAAUGUGGCAUACUGUAAAUGUUUAUCCAUCAUUAAAGACCUUAGGAAGUUGGAUAAGGAACUUAGAACUGAGGAUUGACUUCAUUCAAGUAAAAAAAAAUGAAAAACGUAAAAAAAAAGAAAAAACUAGUUUAAUUUGGUUAAUUGACAAAAAACCUAUUUCUUUUUGGAUUUCGGGCUUAUCCUUUCCACAAGGAUUUUUAACUGGCAUAUUACAAACAUGUGCAAGAAAAUACAACAUUCCUAUAGAUCAUCUAAAGUUUGAUUUCAUUGCCACCAAAGUUGUACUUGAUCAAGAAGACAUUGAAAUAGAGCAUAAAAAGGCUGAAAAAGAGGUAAUAGAGGUAUAUAAAAACUUACAAGUGCCAAAAGAUGGAGUUUUAAUACAUGGGUUAUUUAUUGAUGCUGGCAGAUGGGAUUUCGGAUCCAUGUGUUUAGUAGAUGCAAAUAUAGGAGAAAUGCACCCAUCUCUUCCAGUUUUACAUAUAAAUCCGGUAUUAGAAUUACCAAAAGAUGAUUUAGAAAGAUAUGUUUGCCCUUUGUACAAAACAGCAGUUCGAGCUGGUGUAUUAUCUACAACUGGACAUAGUACUAAUUUCGUUGUUGCUGUUCUACUUCCAUCUAAAAAAGAACAAUCGUACUGGAUUUUACAAGGAACAGCCCUUUUGAUUGAAAUUGUAAAUUAAAGUUCCUAUUCUAUAGCACCUAUGUUAUGAUAUACUAAUUAAUAAGUUACAUAUAGUAAUUAAGAAGAAUAUAUUUAUGUUACAUACAUAUUUCACAAUACAAAACUUUUAAGCAAAUGUUAGUACACUUAAGUACAUAACUUAAUUGUAAUGCUAAUAAAGUAAACUGAUAUGUAUAAAUGAAAGUCAGAAUAAUUCUCUUUGCUUUCUCUUCACAAGAUUCUCAUGAUAAUUGUAAUCUUCUUUGUCAAUAGUCCACAUUAAGGUCAUAUAAACUGUGAGUAUCAAAGCCAAUAAUAAUCUGUCUAAUCUAUAAGAUAUUAAAAUCGAGUUAUUCAUUUGUUUCACAUAGUUUAAGUAUUAUAACAAUAUUUGAAAUAUCCCUUACGUCAUAUAAGGAUAUAUCCAUAAAAUAAUAAGAAAUCCUGUAAAACUUGGAUGUCUCAUAUGCGAGUAGUAACGUAACAGUUCUUUUGAUUUCAUUAGCAUAGGACUUGGUCUAAGUGAGAAUUUAUAAUAUACUUGUUUUAUUCCAGCUAAUUCAGAUAUAUCCAUCAUCAAACAUCCGCUAUAAAUUAUCGACCAAGCCAACACAUGAAACGCAGUGAAUGUGAACCAUAAAACAUUAUUAUGACAGGUAUUAAUUUUCCAUAAUGCAACAGAUGAAAUAGUUUGCCAAUUGGUAAACAAUAAAUGAAGCGUCAUGGCACUGGUAACGUUAUAAAUACUUCUUUCUAUAUAGUCUACACGUAACUUGCAAAAUAAAUGUUUUACGAAAUUACUAGCCAUGAGAGAGUGUUGUAACAUAAAAAUACUCAAUAGAGACAUGUUUAUUAUUAGCAUCCAUAUUACUGAAUCAGUAUCUUCAUCUGUAAUACACCUUGUUAUACAUUUCAAUUUUAAUAAUUUUAUUAUUACUAUUGUUAUUAUCAUUAUUUACCUUUUUCUGGUACGGUAAUCACUUCUUUGUUUACAUUAUGACUCGACAAAAAGUAUGUCAAAUUACACAAAAUAUAAAAUGUAUAUGAAAAACAAGUGAUGCAAACAACUGCACUAAUAAAUUUUACAAACAUUUUUGUACAAAAACAAACAUCACUUGAGCCACAAUAAUAAUUGCGCUACAUCGUAAUCACUAUAAACAUGCGCACGAACAUAAUUUAUUAAUAAUAUUUUAAUCGAAAUUUGCGCCUUCUUAUAUCUUCUUCAGAUAUCAAAAACUAUUUAA